AUGGAUCGUCGAGGUGGCGGCGGAUCUCGGUCUGCAGGCAACAAGAAUGACGAACUCAUCGUUAAGAGUGCAGACAUGUCAGACGAAGACCAGGAUCUUGCCUGUGAUAUCGCUAAGGACGCCAUGGGGAAGUUCAACGUCGAGAAGGACAUUGCCGCCCAUAUCAAGAAAGAGUUCGAUAAAACCCACGAACCGACUUGGCACUGCAUCGUCGGGCGCAACUUCGGCAGCUACGUCACGCACGAAACAAAGAGUUUCAUUUAUUUUUACAUCGGUCAGAAAGCAUUCCUUCUCUUCAAGUCGGGAUAG